AUGUCAGCUCCGUGUUCCGACGCCACUGCCGGCAAAACAACACGAGUCCAGACCGAGACGGAGCUGUCACUGCUCUACCGGAUCCUGAGAUCCGUCAUCAAACCUCUGCGCCCACGUCUAGUCAAGCCUGGGAAACCGCAGCCACCUGGCAGCACACGUUUACUGUCCUACCCGAGGGAAAAGAAUGGAAUUACCAUCAGAGAGCGCCGGCAUGGCUCCAGCGGGGUUUGGUUAUAUGACUUCGAGACCGUUUCUUCUCCCAACAUCAAGAUCAAGACGCCCUCGACGAUCUACUAUUUCGCAGGGGGUGCGUUUCAGAGUCCGCCUUCGAGCCAACAUUGGAGUUUUAUAAGCAAACUUGCCAAUAAUCUGGUCCUAGAGCACCAUUUCACCCUGGUGAGCUACCCGCUGGCGCCAAACAGUCCCGCCAGUGAGUCGUUGCCGACGCUUCGCAAGCUCCUCAGGUCCCUCCUUACAGACGCAUCGAAGAAGGGGGACAAGGUGAUCUUGAUGGGGGAUUCUUCUGGAGGAAAUGUCGCGUUGAGUCUUGGGUUCUGGUGGGCGGGGGAAAUAGCCAGGAGCGGCAACUACAAGCUGCGAUCAACGCUUGAGAGCCUCAUCGUGAUCUCGCCCGCCGUUGACCUUCGGAACUGCAAUCCGAGUAUCUCUGAGAUAGAUUCUCGAGAUCCUCUGCUCGGCUUGAAGUAUACUUUUGCUGUGGCCGAAGCCUGGGCCGCUGCUCCUCCCAUGGACUCAUCUCGUACCUCUUCAACCGAAGACCCGCAUCUAUCUCCGCUACUUCACAGCGCGAGUUCGUUCCAACAACUGGCUGAGCUUGGCAUCGCUAUUCAUGGUUUAUACGGAACCUGUGACGUUCUCGCACCGGACGCGGAGUUAUUCAGAUGCAAGUGCGAAGAACAUGGUGUGAAAGGCAAGUGGCUUGUCUGGGUCGACCAAAUGCAUUGCUUCGUGCUUGCUGGCGUUUACGGUAUGAAAGAAGGAAGAACAGGAAUUGAGUGGAUCACAAAGUUGUUGAAGGAGGUGAUAGCCACCGAGCCCUAA